CCCCGCCUCCUUGCGCGAAGUGCGCAGGCUCCUCGGCCGGACUUGGGUUCUGCCCGGGGACGCAGCCCAGCUGGCAGCGUCGCUCCCUGAGCGCUCCUAAGCGGGCCGCCCGGCCUUGUCUUUCGGCAGUGGCCGAGCCACCGCCGCCUGUCGCGCGUUCCAGAGCUGGGUGCUGCAGCCACAGUCCCGAUCGCCGUGUUUGGUCGAUAGAAUCCCCAGUGUGCCCAGAGAGUGCGACCCCUCACCCGGCCCGGCGAGCCCCGGGCGUGAACCGAGCUGAGGGAGGAUGGCAGCCUCCGGGGUGGAGAAGAGCAGCAAAAAGAAGACAGAGAAGAAACUUGCUGCUCGGGAAGAAGCUAAAUUGUUGGCGGGUUUCAUGGGCGUCAUGAAUAACAUGCGGAAACAGAAAACGUUGUGUGAUGUGAUCCUCAUGGUCCAGGAAAGAAAGAUACCUGCUCAUCGUGUUGUUCUUGCUGCAGCCAGUCAUUUUUUUAACUUAAUGUUCACAACUAACAUGCUUGAAUCAAAGUCCUUUGAAGUAGAACUCAAAGAUGCUGAACCUGAUAUUAUUGAACAACUUGUGGAAUUUGCUUAUACUGCUAGAAUUUCCGUGAAUAGCAACAAUGUUCAGUCUUUGUUGGAUGCAGCAAACCAAUAUCAGAUUGAACCUGUGAAGAAAAUGUGUGUUGAUUUUUUGAAAGAACAAGUUGAUGCUUCAAAUUGCCUUGGUAUAAGUGUGCUAGCAGAGUGUCUAGACUGUCCUGAAUUGAAAGCAACUGCAGAUGACUUUAUUCAUCAGCAUUUUACUGAAGUUUACAAAACUGAUGAAUUUCUUCAACUUGAUGUCAAGCGAGUAACACAUCUUCUCAACCAGGACACUCUGACUGUGAGAGCAGAGGAUCAGGUUUAUGAUGCUGCAGUCAGGUGGUUGAAAUACGAUGAACCUAAUCGCCAGCCAUUUAUGGUUGAUAUCCUUGCUAAAGUCAGGUUUCCUCUUAUAUCAAAGAAUUUCUUAAGUAAAACGGUACAAGCUGAACCACUUAUUCAAGACAAUCCUGAAUGCCUUAAGAUGGUGAUAAGUGGAAUGAGGUACCAUCUACUGUCUCCAGAGGACCGAGAAGAACUCGUAGAUGGCACAAGACCCAGAAGAAAGAAACAUGACUACCGCAUAGCCCUAUUUGGAGGCUCUCAACCACAGUCUUGUAGAUAUUUUAACCCAAAGGAUUAUAGCUGGACAGACAUCCGCUGCCCCUUUGAAAAACGAAGAGAUGCAGCAUGCGUGUUUUGGGACAAUGUAGUAUACAUUUUGGGAGGCUCUCAGCUUUUCCCGAUAAAGCGAAUGGACUGCUAUAAUGUAGUGAAGGAUAGCUGGUAUUCCAAACUGGGUCCUCCGACACCUCGAGACAGCCUUGCUGCAUGUGCUGCAGAAGGCAAAAUUUAUACAUCUGGAGGUUCAGAAGUAGGAAACUCAGCUCUGUAUUUAUUUGAGUGCUAUGAUACAAGAACUGAAAGCUGGCACACAAAACCCAGCAUGCUGACCCAGCGAUGCAGCCAUGGAAUGGUGGAAGCCAAUGGCCUGAUCUAUGUUUGUGGUGGAAGUUUAGGAAACAAUGUUUCUGGGAGAGUGCUUAAUUCCUGUGAAGUUUAUGAUCCUGCCACAGAAACAUGGACUGAGCUGUGUCCAAUGAUUGAAGCCAGGAAGAAUCAUGGGCUGGUAUUUGUAAAAGACAAGAUAUUUGCUGUGGGUGGUCAGAAUGGUUUAGGUGGUCUGGACAAUGUGGAAUAUUACGAUAUUAAGUUGAACGAAUGGAAGAUGGUCUCACCAAUGCCAUGGAAGGGUGUAACAGUGAAAUGUGCAGCAGUUGGCUCUAUAGUUUAUGUCUUGGCUGGUUUUCAGGGUGUUGGUCGAUUGGGACACAUUCUCGAAUAUAAUACUGAAACAGACAAAUGGGUUGCCAACUCCAAAGUUCGUGCUUUUCCAGUCACAAGUUGUUUAAUUUGUGUUGUCGAUACUUGUGGAGCAAAUGAAGAGACCCUUGAAACAUGAAAAAUGAGUGGACUUCAGAAUCAUCAGAGACUCAAAAAUAUAGCCACCAGUGCUUUGUUCCAAGAGUUUGGUGACAAAGUUUUGGUUUGGUGUUUUGGUAAAGAAAGUUUCAAGUGAAAUGAGGUUCCUACUAAAUAGAUGUUUCUUUUAUAUGGAUUUCCUUAAUUCAAAGAUCAUAUUUUAGCUGGCCACAAAGCCAAGAACAUAUCUAGCAAGAAAACUUGAAAAAGUAUAAGCAUUUGUUAAAAAUAUGAAUUUCUUGAAUGAAUUUCACAUUUGUAACUAUGAUUUUGGCAGAAUGGAAGAUUGGCUCAUCAGUGAAGCGCAGUAUCUUAGCUCUAGAUUCUGUUUUCAUGCAUCACAGAAGUGCUACGUGGUUAGGUCUGUUUGUGCUCAGUCAAGAACUAAGAAAUAGUAUGAAUUGUAAGUCAAGAUGGGCAACUCAGAUGGAGCAGCUUAGUCUCACAUAGUUUGCUUGUCUUUAUUUAUUUUUCUAGUGCCAAAUGUAUUCCAUUUUUAAAGUAAGCCAGAGUGAGUCAAGGCAUAUACACACUUUCUCACAAAACUUCCUAAACAGAUUUGGGGGUUUAAUGUGUCCAACUCCUUAUGAAAUAUAUUCAAUCCACUUAAAUAUAUUCCAUAUUUUUAACACAAAAUGUAAAGCUUAGCACCAAUCAUUAAUUUAUGUCUCUGUUUUAUUCAGUGGUUAAAAAAGGAUUCUGCCUCUUUAGUCCUCACUGUUAAAUAAAAUCCAAUCAUAAUAAGUGAUUAACUAGCAAAAGGUAAAGCUAUUUAUAGCAAAUUUCUAGAUCAUUAGAAAAGCACUGGUAGUUGUACCACAAUAUCAGUGUUGACUUUGAACUUCUUUAAAGAGAUCAUGAAUUAUUUUCCCUUAGCCAGAACAUGAGAUAUUUAACCUAGUUGUCUCUAAAAGUUUUGUAAUCAUGAAUUAUAUAUAUGUCAUCUCCUAUUCGUUGCUUUUAUGUGAUCAAUAAAUCUUUUACAAACCCAACUACUCAUUUCUUUUCUAGUAAUACUUUGCCUUUUUCACUGUGUAUGGAAUGAACCAUGUAAAGCUGUCACCAUCAAUGUUUUUAUCUGAUAAUAUUAAAUAUUUUUUAACUUAAAA